AUGCCUGCCUGUUGUUUCGGCCCGCUCGCCGCCGCCUUCCUUCUUGGCCAGCUGCUGCUUGGUCUCCCCCCAGCCAAAGGCGCGGGAGCAGAGAAGACGGGCGUGUGCCCCGAGAUCCAGCCGGAGCAGAACUGCACGCAGGAGUGCCUCUCCGACAGCGAUUGCCCGGACAAUCUCAAGUGCUGCCGCGCGGGCUGCGUCAGCCUCUGCAGCUUGCCCAAUGAAAAGCAGGGUUCCUGUCCCCGGGUGGACAUUAGCUUCCCCCAACUCGGCAUCUGCUGGGAUCAGUGCAAGGUGGACAGUGAGUGCCCUGGACUGAAGAAAUGCUGCCGCAAUGGCUGCGGGAAUGUGUCCUGUGUCACUCCCAUCUUCUGAGAUCCAGCCACCACCAUCCUGAGGAGUGGGUAGGAGAAGCCUCUGCCUAGCCCUGCAUCUGGUUUCAGCCCAGCUGCCCUCCCCUCUUUGUGGCCUCUGCAUUCCCUCUUUGGCUCUGACCACAGCUUCUCCCUUUUCCAACCAAUAAAAUAACCACUUUCAGCA